AUGAAAUGUGGUAGCCGGCGGAUGCUGGUGGUCGUGGGAUGGUCGCGGUGGCGGGGGACUGGUGCCGGCGGUGGCGGGUUUAAGUUGGUGGCUCGAGCAGACUCAAGCGUCGGCGGAGGGUAUGGCGUCAGAUGCGACGCAAAUCGAACACCUCACGACGACAAAUCGAACACCUCACAAGAAAUCGAACACUUCACGAGCAGAAAUCAAACUCCUGUUCUGAGCAAAUCUUCGACCGGGCCUUCACUCUUCCCGACCGAACACGACCUCGACGUCACGACUCUUCACGACCUCGCCGGACUCUUCACGAUCUCGCCGGAAUUUGCUUCUCUUGAUGAGCAGCUGUAG